AUGAAGCUCUCUCUCGAACUGACUCUCGGUCUUCUGGUCAUAUCGUGCGUAGAUGCUUUCGUCGUUCCUCCCCGCACACUAUGGGCAACGAAAUCAGCUCUUGUUUCCCGCUCGUACCGAGCGCACCCCAUUAGACGCGACGCAGACUUUCAGAGUCUAGACUCGUUGACCAACGGGGGAAGCCGCCGUCGCGAAGCUCAAAAACAAGGAGGUGGAGGAGGUGGUCUCACGAUUGGAGGACUCACUCUGGGUGGCCCAGGUGGCGGAAUUACUGGCGACGGUCUUAAGCUCGGCGGAAACCAGAAGGGAAACAGUACAGCGACGACUGAAGAGGCACCCAAGUCUUCAGCAACAAAAGGCGAAAAGCCCGCUACUGCCGAGGAGGGAAACUCCGCUGCUGAAGCGCAGAAGCCUGCUGCCACGGAAGAGCAAAAGCCAGCAAAAUCUGAGGCCGGCGCUGGCGCUGGUACAGAAAACCAGCCUGGCCGCGCCGAAGGAGAGGCAGCGAAGAAGGAAGCCGAGAAGGAAGCUCAAGAGGCAACGGGAGAAAAGUCAAAUGGUGUCAAGGCUACUGAAGAAUCUGAAAGGUUCUCUGAAGAGUCUGGUAUCACUCUCGGCCAGGAUGGCAACGCAGACAAUCUAGGCGGAAAUCUAGGCAUUACAGAAGGUUCGGAUGGCAGUAAGUCUAUUGGUGGAUCUAAUGGUAUCAAUGUUGCCGCCAACGGAGAAGCGACCCUGGCAGGUAAUGAGUAA